AUGCUCCGGAUCAAAACUCGCUCGAAUUCUAUCGACAAUCGCCAACAACUGCAAAAUUACGUGCCACUCAAGCAAGUGAGUGUCGACGCAACUAUACGAUCUUUCGCCGCCGAUGUAACUAUCAAUCAAGUAUUUCGCAACGAUGAGGCAACACCAAUUGAAGCAGUAUACUGUUUUCCUAUUGAAGAACAAGCAGCUGUCUACGCUUUCAUAGCACGCAUCGAUGAUCGAGAAGUUAUUGCUCAAUUGAAAGAAAAAAAGAAGGCUCAGAAAGAAUACAAUAGUGCUCUUCGGCAAGGCCAUGGUGCCUAUUUACUCGAACAAGAUGACAAGUCGCAAGACACUUUUAUCAUCAAUGUGGGUGCCCUACCGCCUGGAAAAGAGUGUCAUAUUUCAAUCUCUUACGUUUCUGAACUCGAUCUUAUUCAAAAUGGUAACACGAUUCGCUUUGUUGUUCCAACUACGAUUGCUCCACGCUACAGUCCUGAUCAAGGCGGCAUUAGUUCUCCUGUUGGAACUACGUCAAAAUAUGUUCAAUCAAGUUCGUAUAAUAUCGAGUUUCACUGCCGAGUAGAUAAAAGCGGAGUUUCACGAAUUAGUUCAUCAUCGCAUCUGAUUCAAGUUGAUUUCAAUCAACAAGAUAUGUACGUCGUCGAAUUCAGCCAACAAAAUACUCAUUUGGAUCGAGACAUUCUUCUAGACAUCAACUUGGCUGAAAAUCGAUCGAAUACAAUUGUUGCUGUCGAGUCUGGUGCAGUUAUGGCUUCAUUCACUCCAAACGACGAGGACUGUCGACGUACAAUGAACAAUGGAGUAAUAACCGAUGAAUUCAUUUUCAUUAUUGAUUGUAGUGGAUCAAUGGAUCACGAGAAUAAGAUUGGAUUAGCACGUCAAGCGAUGAUUCUCUUUCUCAAAAGUCUUCCAGUUCAUUGCCAUUUUAACAUCAUCCGAUUUGGAAGCAAUCAUGAAAAACUGUUUAAUGAAGCCACGAUUGUAUACGAUGAAGAAAAUGCAAGAAAAGCCGAGCAAUUCAUUAAAAAAAUGAAAGCAAAUAUGGGUGGUACCGAAUUGUUAGAUCCACUUCAAUGGAUACAAAACCAUCCACCUGAACAAGGUCAUGCUCGACAAAUCUUUCUUUUAACUGACGGUGAAAUUACCAACGUUAGUCAAGUUAUUGAUCUCUGUCGGUCAAUGUCGACUUCAACUAGAAUUUUUUCUUUCGGUUUGGGUGAUUCACCAAGUCGUUCGCUUGUCAAAGGUCUCGCGCGAGCAACCAAUGGUCGAUUUGUUUUCAUUCCGCCCAAAAGCUGCGUCGAUGUUUAUGUUGGCGAGCAAUUACAAAAGGCUUUGCAAUCGUGCAUAACCAAUAUUCAAGUCAAAUGGAAUUUGGGUACAUCGGUGAUGAGUGUUCCAACAAAAAUACCACCCGUCUAUACCAAUGAUCGUCUCAUUAUCUAUGCAUUGGCGGAUGAUUCAUCGGUGACAUUCGAUCACAAUUCCAAUGUCGAAUUGUAUACAGAUCAACACCCGUUGAGCAAAGCUACAAUUGAUCACAUACCAAAUGUAACCAGCGCAGGUACUAUUGCUCGACUAGCAGCCAAAGCACUUAUUCUCGAAUUGCAACAUGCCAAAAUUCCGAGAAAAAACAUCGCUGGUUCGAUGCAGCCACGAUUUCAACAUCUUCAAUCAUCGACAACAACCGACCAUGAGAAAGAAACACUGAAAAAACGAAUUAUCGAACUAUCGCUGAAACAUCAAAUCCUCUGUCCAUACACGGCGUUUAUCGGAGUAGAAAAAAGAACCAAUGCAAGCAAUGCCGAAAUGGUCUUGCGUGAAGUACCGAGUCAAAUUCCCGCUGAUGAUCAACAUUUGCAAAUAGGACACUCAGCGAACUACGCUCCUACUUCGAAUAUAAUACAACAGUCAGGCACAGAAACUCAGUCCAUGUCAACCGAAACUUUUUCAUCAUCGGUUGCAUAUAUGACGCAAUGCUCGACGAUGAAUGAUUCGGAUAGUAGAUCAGGAUCAUCAUCAUCGGAUGACAGCGAUAUAUUCUAUGACAAAAAUCACUCAAUAUCCACGCCUAUUGGAUAUUCUGCAAUGUCGUCUAAGGGAGCCAUAGAAUCAAUCACUUCAACGUCAUCAGAUGAGGAUGCAUCCGAGUGUCGCCAAAGUUUGCCACCUGAAUUGCUCGCCUGCUCCGUAAAAUCAACUUCUAUGGUUCAUUCUGCAAUGUCGGGUAAGGGAGCCAUAGGAUCAAUCACUUUCACGUCAUCAGAUGAGGAUGCAUCCGAGUGUCGCGAAAGUUUGCCAACUAAAUUGCUCGCCUGCUCCGUAAAAUCAACUUCUAUGGUUCAUCGAUCAAGCAGCUCAUUGUCAUCAGAUAGUGAUGAAGAUUUUAUGGUCAAAAGUUCAGCAGCUCCCCAGCGCAUGACAUGCUCCAAAAGUCAGUCUCGUGCAAGCAAUAGAUCAAGUAACUCAUCGUUGUCGGAGAGAGAUAUGAUUUUCAAUCAAUGCUCUUCAAUAGUUCGGAAGAAGCAUGAUACCUUCUCGUCUUCUUCACAUGAACAAGAUGACGAUGAUAGCAUUGAGGAGAAAGAAGAGACGUGGCCGACAGAUGAUCAAGAUAUUGUUCGCUACUUGAUCAAUAAACAAAAGUUUGAUGGUGUAUGGGAUUUGGAUGGGAACAUUAUUGAAAAAUUGAUAGGCAAACCUCUGAUGAGUUUCUCAUCAUUAAAUAGCAAUGUUCAAGUUCUUAUAUCAGCUAUUGUUAUUAUUGCACUGGAAACGCGUUUCACUUCACACUCCACUAUAUGGCAUUGUGUAGUGCAAAAAGCACGCCAACGUCUACUUGAUUUGCUUAACCGUGAUAGAAACCUACUUGAUUCUUUAUUGGAAAAUAUCCGUCAACAAAUUUGA